CCGUGUAACUCGAUAUUUGCCUUCCCCGCAUCAUCACCAGCUUGCCCUCGAUCCGCCUUAUAAGCUCCCCGCGACGCUCCUCGCCACCCAUUUCAAGCUGCCUGCCAGGAGUCUGUACAUCAACGAUAACAUCAUUCAAAUAACACAACAGACGACGCAAUAUGGUCCUCACGCACACAACCAACCAUACUUACUCUCACCCUUUCCCAACCGUCACCCUCGCCUUCUUCCUCCGCUACUGCUCGCCGCAGCUCAACCCGUUCGCCAGCCAUGUGCUCAGCACCGACACGAUUGAGUCCCGCGUGGACCCGGUUACGGGCCGCCUGCACACGACGCGCAUCCACCUGAAGAAGUCGCGGCUGCCGCCCGCCGUCAUGAAGCUUUUGCCGUCGAGCCUGACGGGCGGCACGUCGGACAAGGCAUCGUACAUUCUCGAAACGAGUGUUGUGGACAUGCGCGAAGGGUGGAUGCAGACCGAGAGCCGGAACCUGAACUUCGUGGGCGUGCUGUCGGUGGUGGAGAGGCAGCUCUACACGGUGCCCAAGAACAAGCCGGCGGUGGAGAACACCGAGGUCGAGACGAAGGUGGUGUUCCGCUCGCGGCUCGGCGACCGCAUCCGGGACCGCCUCGGCCAGGCCCAGGCCCAGGCGGAAGCGGCUGCCAACGAUGGCGGCGGCGGGUUCUUUGCGCGGCUAGGUGCGCGUGGCGUUCAGCGCAGCAUCGAGACACUUGCGUCGACGAAGACGCAGGACCAGCUGGGAAAGAGCCGCGAGGGGAUGCGCAUCAUCCUGGAGAGGCUGCGGCAGACGGGCAUUAUGGGCGUUCUUGAGCUGAGGAAAAUGGCAAGCCAGCGGAGUUCGGAGGCCGUUCCGCAUUGAGCGAGGGCAUGCCGUCGGCACUUGCGCAAUAAAAACCCAAUGCUCUAAGGCAGACUCAAAGUUGAUGCGUCGGGCCGCACCUCUGGCCACGGACUCGUCAUCGGCAGCAUCAUCGCACUUGCUCCCUUUCGACUACUCGCGCGCCACGAUGGGGCUCCUUUUACGCCUUUGGCUUCGAAUUAUCCUGUCACGUAAAGAAGAGGGUCCUUCUGAGGGAAGUCGGCUCCAGGCUGUCCCUGUGUUGUACAUUUACGCCUUUUACCAUGUCUUAUAUCUUUUAGCACGGCGUAUCGGAUACCUGUUUGAUGUCAGCGCGAUUUAACGAGGGAAUUACGCUCAUGAACACCGGCCACGGGAAGGAAAACUUGGGGUGUUAUGGAGAGGAAGGCAUUAUGCCCGGUUCCACUCUUUGUAUGAUAGUGACAUUAUAGA